AUGCAGACAUCUGCAUCGUUUCCCUCUGCCCUAGGCAGUCGGAUUUCCAACCUCUUUCAAGGCCAUCGAUCCGAUACACGCUAUCCUGAACCCAGCGACAACACCAACAUGCUGUCUCACACUCUCAAGGCCGCCAAGGCUGACCUACGAAAGAGAUUUGCGCUCUCGAAGGGUAAGUCUUGGACUCGUCUUGAUGAGUCGGAGCCUUUGGUCUCUUCUGAAGGCACCAUUUCUCCCAAGCCUGCAAAGCGCUCGCUUUUGAACACUCUUUUUGACACAAAGACCGGCCGUAAGCUCCACAAGCGGUCGCGCUCGGAUCCUACUUCCAAGAGCGAUUCUACUGGCCAGCUUCCUGAGCUUGAGCUGGUUCUGCAACCCUACGAAGAUGCCAGGAUCUUCAGCGUUGGAACCAACCAGGCUCUAGACGCAGUCUACGAAGCCACUGUCAGCUCUCGUGAGUAUUAUAGCUGCACAAGUGGUUCAUAUGACGCUUCCUACGAAAUUGAUGAGUGGUCGAUUUCUGAUCACGGCACCGUCCUGAUCCGACGCCCAGCGGGCUUCCACCCAACUCGAUCUACUUCGCUCAUCAGCUGUUCCACUCACCAUACUGUCUACGAAGAGCCUUUGACCCCGGAAGCCGAGGCUGAGUGUAGCCCUGAGAUCGGCAACGCCGAAGUCCAAGUUCCUGAAACCGCCGCGACAGUUCAUGAGAAUGUCGCCAACAAUGAUGCCCCGAUUUCUGUCGCGGACAACAUCAUUUCCAACAGUGAGGCUCACGACAAUGAGCCCAGCGACUACGUCCAGCAGUCGUCUAACAGCCACAAUCACAACAUGGGAAACCCUGACAACAACCUUCACGCGCGUUUCGCCCAGCCCGUGUCCAUGACUCGGAUCAGUCGAGUUAUGUCAAAGGUCAUCGAGAGCCGAACCAAGACGAACUUGAUCUUGCGCCCGGUCAAGAAACUUCGUCGUAAGCACAGAAACGCCUCGAUAUCUUCCAAGAAGAUCCGAAAGACUGAGCACGGCGCCCGCCGAUUCUUUCUCGCUGCUAACAAGGCCACCACCACACCCAUUGUUGAUGAACACGACGACGCGCUAACACUUGACAACAGCAUUGCUGAGCCUCAUGAGGAUGACCAGAAUGCCAAUGACAGCACUCAUGUUGACGAGGAUGCCAUGAGCCAGCCUCAUGCCGAUGAAGAGCCAUUCCAUCAGCUGUCUACUCAUGAGUCCAUGGACGCCGGGAGCAUUGACUCCAUCCACGAUAACUUGGCCCAAUGCGACAUAAUUCUCGCCGCGUACCAAGGCGAAUACGAUCAGCCCGAACGCACUCAAACACGCACCUCUGAUCUCUGCGACACACUAGAUCCUAACGACGCCGAUGCUCGCUCUGAGCCUGAACAACCCAAAUUCACCGAGGAGAUGGCGGCCCUUGAGUCGUGGGCGCAGGCCUCGACUCACUGGGGAGAUCCCAACAUCGGCCCCGACACUGUUCGACAGGGAUUCAAGGAGCAUCUCGAAGCUCUGAAGCGUACACAGUCGUCCGACGCCAAGGGUGAAAACAUCAAAGUUACCCCCUCCAUCAAGAUCAACGCUCAGUCCGGCCUUCCUGAGGGCUAUCAGUCUUCUCCCUUUGUCCAUUCGUGGGUUCAAGACAAUCUUGACCGUCAUACUGGCACGAAGCCCACCGACGCUCCAUACGAGCCUAUGCAACCACCCCUUGAGCAAGAUGCCGCUUACACUCACAACAUUGACCAUGACGGGGAUUACCCCAUGGACUUUAGCAGAGCAAAGGCGCUCUAUCACCCACAUGCCCGCCACAUUGCUGGCCGUCACCCCCACGACGCUAAGGACGAUCAUUGCAGGCUCGCACUCUUCCUUGCCGCAAGAAAUGAAGAGGAGAACAGACUUGAGCGCGACCUUGACCAGGCACGAGAACGGAUUGAUGCCCGCAGCGCUCAGCUCGAACGCUUCUGCGCCCUUGUCCGUCAGCUCCAGGAGCAGAACGAGGCAAAGGCAGCCAGCCGGCGUCGAGCAAUUUAUCGACGAGUCUCACAUAUCCUCAAGACCCUCGGAGCGGAGGCUGACCAAGCCAUGGCUCGAUGCGUGGAAAAGCGCGAGCACUACCGUGAACUUCUCUACCGUGAGAAGGCUCUCGUGGAGGCGGUCCAGGAUGAGGCGCGACACCUCGGCCUUGGGAACCACACCCCCAACGAGCUCGAAUGGGCAGUUGAACAACUGGUCGCUGGUGACAGUCUCGAGUAUGUCGAGGAUGCUCUCAACUCUUGUUUCUGA